ACAGGGUGUUGGCCAUUUAGAAUUUAAAUGUUCAAACUAAAGAAAUAUCUCCAAUACGCCUCUUCACAGUCUGGUGGGAGGGACUUUAUCUAAGUAUUUAAGUAGAACAGUUAUCAUAAAGUCCCAGAAGUAUUAGCCUACCCGACAAAAUGGAGAAUCAGACUCUCAAUCAGUCAUGGGAGUCUCCUGACACAGAAAAAGAACAUCGUCCCUUUAACAUGAAUCAUUACGCCAUUAAGAAGAGCGCAGCACAGAGCAUGUUGGAUGUGGCACUGCUGAUGGCGAACUCAUCUCAACUAAAGACAGUACUGCAUGCAGGACCUAAUAAAUCCUUUUAUAUUCCUCUCAUUUUAAUGAUCUCAUUGUCCAUCAUACUACAGAUCAUUGUUGGUGUCCUACUAGUCUUCAUUGUGAAGAAUGACUUGAACGAUGUUGGGAAACAGUCGAGGCUUAACAGCAUGAAUAAUGUGGCCACUGUUAUUGUGUUCUUUAUUGUGAUCGUCAACAUUUUCAUCACAGCGCUGGGAUUUGAGUCAGGAAGACCAGGCGUAAUGACUCAUGCUGCAGUCUCUCAGACACAAACUGCUGUCUCCUUCAAACCAAACAGCACAUAAGAACUACUACUUUUGACUGACUUCACAUACCCUGCCUUUUAUUUAAUUAUUUAACUUAUUUAACUGUAUAAUGUUUAGUCAUCAGUACAUAACAUACUAUGUGUCCAGUGUUUUAUGGUCAUUUGUGGACUUUAAUCACUGUUUUAACCUGCUUUAUUUUUAUUGUAAUGAAGUCAUUCUCGAAUAAAGCAAAAUGUAAUUUGUUGUUU